GGCACGAACCACUUAUAAUUUAAGACCAAAACCACACAGACAACCUACUCUCUCAGUCCCGCGAGCUAGGGUUACUAUAGUUAAUCAUCAUCAUAAACACAGGAUCGGAGACAUGAAUUUAUCAGAGGCGCAAUUCGAGCGAUUGCUGAUGAGGUUGGGAGAAUCCCGUAGCACGAGCACGUUGGCUCAGUGCUCAGCACGCUACGGAGGAAGCAGAAAGUCCACCGAUGUGGAGACAUUCUUGGCAGCCGUUAAUGUAUACAAGAAGUUAGAGCGUAUACAGGAUGAUGAUGCUCUCACCGGCUUGCCUUUACUUUUAACGGGUGACGCUGCGACAUGGUGGCAAGGGGUAAAAGCUCAGGUCGGGACAUGGGCUGAUUUUGAGGCGAGGCUCAGACACACUUUUGCUCCCAAGAAAUUGCCGUACGUAGUCUACCAGGAGAUUGUGAAGGUCAGCCAGACAAACCAAACGACCGAGAGCUUUAUAGCAGAAAAAAGAGCCCUGAUCGCACAGCUGCCUGAAAGCCACAUAUUGGUGGAAGACCAGCUCAUCGACUUGGUGUAUGGGCAGAUAAGGUUUGACAUCCGGGAAAAGGUUGUGCGAGAGCAUGUCCACACGUUUGACGAACUGCUGGAGAAAGCCAGAGAAGUGGAGAGACAUGUGAAUGAGAAGACCAAGCUUUCCGAACGACCAAGUGGUACGCCAGGCAAACCAAAGAGGUGUAGUUUUUGCCGUUUGGCCGGACAUACCAUCGAGGUCUGCAGAAAAAAGGCGAAGGCAGAUCAGGCAGAGGCUGGAACUAGCAAGGAACCAGACGUCAAGGCCUCGACGCAUGUGACGAAGUUCUCCUGCUACGGCUGUGGAGAACCUGGCGUGAUCCGUAGCCGGUGUCCAAAGUGCUCAACGCGGAGGCCAGCCACCACCACAGACCAUGCUAGCUUCUGCGGCAUUAAAAUAGGAGAGAUGGACCUAAGACCUGUGGUCAAAAUCCAAAUCGGUCAUAUCAAGGGAACAGCCCAAAUUGACACGGGAGCCAGGUCAAAUGUUGCCUCAUACUCCUUGUACCGUCAACUCCAGAAAAAUGGGUACUUUUUCAAAGAUCAGGAGAUGAGCAUCACCCUCGCUGACGGUAUCCCCAAGCACCAGACGGUCCGAACAGUUAGGGCUCCCAUCACCAUAUUUGGAAGAGUUGUGCCCUCCACUUUCGUGAUUUUACCCCAGGCUACGCGCAACAUCACACUGUUGGGGGUCGGAUUCAUCAUGGACGCGAUGCUAAUGUUGAACAUCCCUCAGAUGACUUGCCGAUUCCUGGAUGACCCCUCGACUGCUUACGACCUUGAGGAGGAAGACAUCCAUCAAGUAAUCAUCGACAAAUUACAGGAUGAAUUCAACUUACCACCGAUGAUAUCCCCUAUUGCCAGAACGCCUGAAUUCCCAAAGUCGCCACAGCCACCCACACCCGCCUUGAACAAGGAUCCAGAGCCAGCGAGGCCUGUGACAGCGAAAGAAGGCAGUGAGCACUCUGAGCCUAUUGAAGCCACAACACCAUUGCAAAUUGCUCAUGAGGUGCCAGAGACUGCCAACAUUAUCAAUGCGUCCACUCCACCAAGACAGGUAUAUGGACCAUUGAUACCAAUCGAUCUGUCUACCCCACCGAAUAAGCGACCACGACUCAUGUUUGACGGACAUUCACCCGUACUAGAUGCGCUUUAUUUUGACGCGAAAAAUAGCCUCACUACGUACGACGAUGAAACCGAAUUGUCCCCCGACUUAGAAAAGUUAUUCGAGUCCAGUGAUAUCGCGUCAAUUAACUUGUUGAGUGAUACGGAACACCAGCAGUUAGAAGAUCUCCUCAGAAGGAAUGAAGACGCCUUCACUACUAACGACCCCAAUGCUCCUGACCAGUGCCUGGGCCUGUACCACGCAUCAGCGCUCCGCCCGUUCCUGAGCCCUGAGUCAGCGCCCCUGCCCAGUCCAGCCGCGCCUCUCCGCAAGCGUGGUCGGCCUAAGAAGGUGGCGCCUCAGGCCGCGCCAGCCGCGCCACUCCAUCAGCGCGGUCGGCCCAAAAAGCCGAUGCCUCCAGCCGCCCCCGCCGCGCCAUUGCGUAGGCGUGGACGGCCGAAAAAGAUGACAUCCCAAACCAAUUAGAUGACAGCAAGCCGCCACCCACACCAGUCCUGGCUCUCUCGUCGGGACGUCUUCGGAGCCAGAGGGGGAGUCUGUAACACGACGCGCCCCUUUGUUUACUUCGAGCGACCAGCGCCGAGC